CCUUCUAUUGUAUUUGAAUCGUGAUCAGGAAAAAGGAAAUGAAACCAGAGACAGAGGGAAGCUGAGCGAAAAUAGACCUUCGCGAGAGAGGAGGGAGCCCGGGGAGAGCCGCGCGGUCAGCUCCCCGCCCCCAGGCCGCCGCCCCCUCACUGGCCCCGGCGCCCCGACCCCGGCGAAGGUGCGAGGGGCUCGGGGCGACCGGGCGGAGCCGGCUACUGCGCGCGAUCGGGACCGGGCGGCGGCGGCGGCGGCGGCUGUGGUGACGGCAGCGGGACCGGGAUGGAAGGGAGCGCGGUGACUGUCCUUGAGCGUGGAGGGGCGAGCUCGCCGGCGGAGCGACCGAGCAAGAGGAGGCGCAGGAGCGGCGGCACCCGAGCACCCGAGGGGGUCCGAGUCCAGGCAGCUAGCCAGCCACGCGCCACAAAGGGAGCGCUCCCGCCGCCCGGCACGCCGCCCCCCUCCCCAAUGUCCUCGGCCAUCGAAAGGAAGAGCCUGGACCCGUCUGAGGAACCCGUGGAUGAGGUGCUGCAGAUACCCCCAUCCCUGCUGACAUGUGGUGGCUGCCAGCAGAACAUAGGGGACCGCUACUUCCUGAAAGCCAUCGACCAGUACUGGCACGAGGAUUGCCUCAGCUGUGACCUCUGUGGGUGUCGGCUGGGAGAGGUGGGGCGGCGCCUCUACUACAAGCUGGGACGGAAAUUGUGCAGGAGAGACUAUCUCAGGCUUUUUGGUCAGGAUGGUCUCUGCGCGUCCUGUGACAAGCGGAUCCGUGCCUAUGAGAUGACAAUGCGGGUGAAGGACAAAGUGUAUCACCUGGAGUGUUUCAAGUGCGCCGCCUGUCAGAAGCAUUUCUGUGUAGGCGACAGGUAUCUUCUCAUCAACUCCGACAUAGUGUGUGAACAAGACAUCUACGAGUGGACCAAGAUCAAUGGGAUCAUCUAGGCCAGAGUCCCAGGCGCCUGUGGGGAGGUGUUCAGUGAAGAUGCUGUCUCGGUGUGGUCUUCACUCUUAGGCACUUUGGGAACCUGAGGGUGGGUGAGGCAUUUCUUAGGAAAUGAUGGACUCUUCCUGGGCACUAAAGACAUAGCAAUCACAUGACAUGAUGCAAAGGCUGAGACUUCAGUGACAGAAAGGACCAGCCCUUAGAGGGAAUUUAUGGUCACAGGCUAGCCAUAGUAACUGACAAGAUUAGUGGAGGAAAUAUUUGGGGACCAGCAUGCACCGUGCCAUCCUGAUAGGCUUCCCCAGGUAACUAACUAACAAUUAGAUGUGACCUUGGUGUUUAUGGACGAGAGUUGUGCAAUUAAUUUCUUCCCAGUUUUGGUAACUACCCUGUUCUAGUCACAGUCCUUCACACUAGGAAAGGAAAGAGAGAAGAAAUAGUCACUCUUAUUAUUAUUUUUUUCUUUCUUUUUUCCUUGGUCACCUUCCCGUGGCCUUAAGCUCUGGAGCCAAGGGAAACUGCAUGGAGGUACAUUUCAGUUGGGAAUGAAAUCCACAUCUUUCAACCAGACAAAUAUUUAUAGCAAUGUUGAUGAAUCACUGUUUUUAGACACCUUCAUUUUGAGGUGAGGCGCCCCACAGAUUGUUUCUAUACAAAUGUAAAUCUUAAAAAAAAAAAGGUCAAAGUUGUUCAACUAUUUUAUUAUCUUAGAUUAUAUCAAAGUAUUUGUUGUGUGUCAUUAAAAAAACUAGAUUCUGAAGACUUAAUAAAAAUGACAAGCUCAAAUGCA